GGUAACACCAGGCCCAGAGAACAUCACAGAAAGAGAGAUAUCCAUCAAGGCUCACAAAGUCUCCACAUUUGCACAGUUUUACAGCCUUUGCAAAACACCCAACUAACUCUUGCUAAGGAUUCUAGAAAUAUCUGAAAAUUUGGGAAAUGUCACAGAAAUGGCAGGAAAAGCUGAAAAGAAGAUAUGGGAUGAAGAAAUGAGAAGUUUAUUCAAACAAUUAGAGCCAGAACUUAAACCCGGUGACAUGUGUAUUGCUAGUGAACUAAGGCCACGUUUGUUCAGAUUUUGGGAUAUCAGCCAGAAGAUUUUCAGCCUGAUGGGUGAUGACAUGCUAGUAGCAAGUCCAAAUGAUUCAAAUUCAACAGAGCAGUUGAUUGCUGUGCUUCCUAAUAAUGCUCUAGAAGUAAGAAAGCAAGCCAUCUUUAUGGGUAUCCAACCAAAUACUGUAAUAAACUGUGUGCAGACUGAGGAGGGCCAAGUCCAGCUCCAGUUAAUGAGUGGAGACAUUAUGUAUCUAUACAAGCAAAAUGAGAAGUUUUUGAACUUCAGUUUUUACAGCAAGACUGAUGGCAGCGGAGAUACUUGCUCUUUUGAAUCUGCACAGUUCCCUGGAUGGUUCCUAAGUACUUCUUCUGAAGCACACAAACCUAUUGGUUUGAGUCAAAAAGGAGGACCUGAAAACAUCCUGUUUCAUUUUCAAAGAAUAUACUGAGUCAGAAGUUUUAUUUUCAAAGAGAGAUGGAGAAGAUUGUUUUGCUGUAUUUUAUAUGUCAUGAAAAUAUUUUUUGGCUUUUUGAUUUCUUUCUUUUAAUAGAUUGUGGUUGUGUUAAAGAAGCAGAAGGUGGGAUCAGAAGUAGAGAUAGAUUACAGUUUGCCUGAUCUAGAAAACCUGUUGUACUUUGUUGGAAAAAAUAUCCAGGUCCAAUUCCAAGCCAGGAGAAAGGCACUGGGGACUGAUUUGAAAGAUAUUUAUUGAUGAAGCAGGGUAUUUGCUUAUGAAUAGAGCUAGC